CGAAAGAAGGAAGAAAAGGAAAGUAAACGAGUCCAUUCAUUGUUGAAAUUUUCUCUCUCCCCAAAUAGCCCGAAAAAUUAGGGUUAGGGUUUUUAAAAAAACCCAAACCAGAAGACGAAGAAGAAAACCCAGAUUCACCUCUUCAAAUUCUUGUAAAAAGGGAGCCUUUUUUUAAAGUUUUUCAUUUAGAAAAAAAAAAAGUUCAACUUGAAAGAUGGCUUCGUUUUCAGCUCCAGUUAUCAAGUGGCAGCCAUUUUUCUUACUCUUCUGUGCGUUGAACUGUGUCGUUUGGAGUGAUGAUUCUUCAGACAAAGCUGUUCUUCUUGAAUUUAAGGAGUCUGUCUCAGAUCUUUCGGGGCUUUUAUCCACUUGGUCCGAGAAUUCCCAUCACUGUUCAUGGUCUGGUGUUACAUGUGACAAAGACUUCAAGGUUCUGUCUCUUAACAUAACUGGUUUUGGGAAAGGUCCAAAAGGUAAUAAUAGUCUCAACAAAACAGCUGUUUCUGCUUCGUUUUCUUGUUCUAACUACAGUUUAUACCCAUUUUAUGGAUUUGGUAUUAGAAGGAAUUGUGGGGUAAGUAAUGGGAGUUUGUCUGGUAAAUUGUUGCCUUCCAUUGGGAAAUUGAGUGAACUUAAGAUUUUAUCACUUCCUUUUCAUAGAUUUCAUGGUGAAAUCCCUUCUGAAAUUUGGGGGUUGGAAAAGUUGGAAGUACUUGAUUUAGAGAACUGUUUGUUAUCUGGGAAAUUGCCUGUUACAGUUUCCGGGUUAAAGAAUUUGAGAGUUCUUAAUUUAGGGUUUAAUAAUAUCAGAGGAGAGAUACCAAGUUGGCUUUCGAGUUUGGAACGAAUGGAGAUGUUAAACUUGGCUGGUAAUCUUGUGAAUGGAACCGUUCCAGCAUUUGUCGGAAGGUUUAGAGAUGUUUAUUUGUCGUUUACGUGGUUAGGGGGGUCAUUACCGGCUGAUAUUGGUGAAGAUUGUAGGCUUGAGCAUUUGGAUUUAUCGGGGAACUACUUUGUUGGGGAGAUUCCUGCUAGUUUGGGGAAGUGUAGUCAUUUGAGGUCGUUGUUGUUAUAUACAAAUAUGUUUGAAGAAGGCAUUCCACGUGAACUCGGUCAGCUUCAGAAUCUUGAAGUGUUGGAUGUUUCAAGGAAUAGUUUGAGUGGUCCGGUACCUGUUGAGCUCGGGAACUGUUCUGCUUUGACAGUGCUUGUUCUUUCAAGUAUGUUUAAUCCAUAUGAUAACCUUGCUAUGGUUAAAGGGGAUGCAAACUAUGUAAGUGAUGAUUUUAAUUUUUAUCAAGGUGCGAUCCCGAGUGAAAUUACAAAGCUUUCAAAGCUGAGGGUAUUAUGGGCUCCAAGAGCAACGUUAGAAGGCAACUUGCCGAAAGAUUGGGGUUCUUGUGAUAACUUGGAGAUGGUGAAUUUGGCGCAGAAUUUCUUUGCCGGUGAAAUUCCGGUCGGUCUUACGCUCUGCAAGAAGCUGCGGUAUCUUGACUUGAGUUCGAAUAAGCGCCUUACUGGAGAGCUUAAAAAGGAACUUGCAGUUCCUUGUAUGAGUGUCUUCGAUGUCAGUGAAAAUUCCUUGUCAGGUAAUAUCCCGAGAUUCGACAACAGUGGAUGUCCCGAUGUUCUUACAUCGGAUUCCUAUUCUUUUGAACCCUUCAACCCAACAUCAGCAUAUUUAUCAUUUUUGGCGAGUAAAGUUCAGGUUGGAACAUCUAUCAAUUUUUUGGACAGAGAUGGGGGUCCUGCUGUGUUUCACAAAUUUGCUGGUAACAACUUCAGUGGCAGUGUCUUAUCAAUGCCGGUCUCACCACAAAGAUUGGAGAAACAUAUUUCUUAUGCAUUUUAUGCCGGAGAGAACUUUCUCAGUGGACCAUUUCCUGGGAAUUUGUUCGAGAACUGCAACGGAUUGGAUGCACUGUUUGUUAAUGUCAGCUACAACAGAAUGUCUGGUCCGAUUCCGGAGGACAUCAGUAAAGUUUGCAAAUCUCUCAAAUUUCUGGAUGUCUCUAUGAAUCAAAUAACUGGGCUGAUUCCCCCGAGCAUGGCAGACUUAGAUUCACUUGUUUCUCUUAAUUUGAGUUGGAACCUGUUACAAGGUCAGAUUCCGAGCAGUUUUGGGCAGAUGAAGGAUCUCCGGUUUCUUUCUUUGGCUGGUAACAAUCUGACUGGUUCUAUUCCUUCCACGUUCGGGCUGUUGCGAUCUUUAGAAAAGUUGGAGCUGUUGUCAAAUUCACUUUCUGGUGAAAUUCCUGAAAGCCUGGUUAACUUGAAAAAUCUGACUGUUCUUCUGCUCAAUAACAACAAAUUGUCCGGGCAAAUUCCGUCUGGUUUGGCGAAUGUGACUAUGCUCUCUUCUUUCAACGUGUCCUUCAAUAAUUUGUCGGGGCCACUGCCGUCGAGUAAUAAUUUGAUGAAAUGCAGCAGCCUUCUCGGAAACCCUCUUCUACAACCGUGCCGUUCAUACACCUUAAUGCCAUCUUCAGAUCAAGCUAGAGCAGGUGAUUCACAAAAUUAUGCUGCAUCACCACCGGGACCUGCAACUCAAAAGAAUAGAAAUAGUGGUUUCCGUUCAAUCGAGAUAGCAUCGAUAACAUCCGCUUCAGCCAUUGUUUCCGUUCUUCUGGCUCUUGUUAUUUUAUUCCUAUUUACGAGGAAGUGGAAUUCAAGAUCCAAAAUCAGCACCACCAAAAAAGAAGUGACUAUUUUCACAGAAAUCCCGGUGCCGUUGACAUUUGACAUUGUUGUGCAAGCCACAGGGAAUUUCAAUGCCAGCAACUGUAUUGGGAAUGGAGGUUUCGGGUCAACUUAUAAAGCCGAGAUCUCUCCUGGAGUUUUAGUUGCAAUAAAGCGGCUUGCUAUUGGACGGUUACAAGGCUUUCAACAGUUUGAUGCUGAAAUUAAAAUUCUCGGGAGGUUACGCCACCCGAAUCUUGUCACUUUAAUCGGGUACCAUGCCAGUGAAACUGAGACAUUCCUUAUAUACAAUUAUUUGCCGGGUGGUAACUUGGAAAAGUUUAUUCAAGAGAGGUCGACGAGAGCUGUGGAAUGGAGGGUACUUCACAAGAUUGCUUUAGACAUAGCCCGAGCUCUCGCCUACCUACAUGAUCAAUGUGUACCACGUAUUCUCCAUCGUGAUGUCAAACCAAGCAAUAUCUUGUUAGACGAUGAUCACAAUGCUUAUUUAUCGGAUUUCGGUUUGGCCAGACUUUUGGGAACUUCAGAAACUCACGCUACCACAGGUGUUGCUGGAACUUUCGGGUAUGUUGCUCCGGAAUAUGCAAUGACUUGCCGUGUUUCUGAUAAAGCUGAUGUUUACAGUUACGGGGUGGUACUCCUCGAGCUGCUCUCUGAUAAGAAAGCUUUAGAUCCUUCAUUUUCUCCUUACGGAAAUGGUUUCAACAUCGUUCAAUGGUCUUGCAUGCUCUUACGACAAGGCCAAGCCAAAGAGUUCUUCACUGCAGGUUUAUGGGAUGCAGGUCCCCAAAACGACUUGGUCGAAGUUCUACACUUGGCAGUUGUGUGUACCGUCGAUUCACUCUCGACUAGACCUACAAUGAAACAAGUAGUGCGACGGCUAAAGCAACUUGAGCCACCGUCUUUUUAGGACCUGAUAAAGCUUCUGUUGAUUAACAUAGUGGUCAUAGGAGGUAAGCCCCCACUCACUGUAUGAUCGUUGUCGCUGGCUGCCUUUAGGUAGAGUUCUGAACUGUAGUUAUUGCCACUUGUAAAUUGUAAUUACAGUUUUGCCCCCAUUUUUCGAUGCUAUUUCUCGGAUAUAAGGGGUUCACUGAUGACUGCAGAUGAAUACAGAUAAAUUUUUUUUUCUUAAUCCAAGUUCUAGAGUUGUAAGUUCCAUUUGAUGUCUAAAUAAAAGAAUAGAAUAGUUUUUUCA